AUGACAUCAAACAUCGCAGAGUCGUUGAAUGCUGUAACAAAAUAUGCAAGAGAGCUGCCUAUAUUUGACCUAUUAGAGUAUAUGAGGAUACUUCUUGAACGUUGGACGAAAGAGAAGUUGUUGAAGGCAAAGGGUACUUUCACAUACCUUGGGUACAAAUUCAACAAAGAAUUGGAGAAAAACGGUACAUUAUCUCGGAAACUUAGGGUGAGGGCUUCAACAGAUCUUAUCUAUACUGUGAUAAAUGGUGCGAAGCGGUACAUUGUGUGUCUUGAAAACAAGAAAUGUACUUGUGGCCAGUUCCAACUUGAUGAACUUCCAUGUGCGCAUGCUUUGGCAGUUUUAAGGGACAGGAAUGAAGGAUAUGAAAAAUUAUUUCUCGCCGUAUUACACAAGGGAGAGCCUACUCCGUACAUAUGA